UCAUGCGUAUGUGUGUGUGUGUGGUCAUGCAUUGUGCGCCUGAGAGCAUGUGAAUGCGCGCAGUGGUCAAUAUGGUCGUGCUUAGAGGGACGGCGCUCCUUCCCUACGUUCUGCUGUCGGCCAUCUUGGUGCUGUUGGUGUUGGUUGUGUGGCUCCCCCAGGGUGAUGUGUCAGACUGUGGCCCCGCCCACUUUCCAUGUGUGAUGACGUACAGAAAAAGGCCUCCACUGGUCAUCAAUGAGGGGUUGGAGUUUAUCUCGCCCCUCAUCCAGGAGUGCCCUGGCCAAUCGUUUCAGGUAUGGCGUCUGCUGCACUUCUUGAUGUCCAGCGUGAGCGUUAGCGAUGACGUCCUGCUGGAGCCGUACCUGCAGAGUUGGGAUCAGCUGAUCAUUUUCAUGGAGUCUCUGGGUCCCGUGGUCAGCUUCUUCUCUCAGAAGGUCAGCGACAAGGUGGCGCUGAUACGACAGUUGGCUCGCCAACACCAGGAGCGUGGAUUGGAGGGCGAGGCAUACCGCUCUGUGAGCGCCAUGGUGGAGGCGGAGCUAAAAGAAGGGGUGGUCCACUUUUCCCACCGCACGGAUUCAGGCUGCAGGACGCUGCUGCGUUUGCACCGAUCGUUGCUGUGGCUUGCCAUGACACUGGACGGACUGACGCACACGCCCGACGCGCAUGGGCACCUCAAGACGCCUGGCGAGCUCAGCAGGGAGGCCUACCAGGUGGCGCUGGCUCCCCACCACUCGUGGGUGCUGCGACAGGCCGCCGAGCUCGUCUUCCUUGCCCUCCCUGACAGGAACCACUUUUUGCGGCUGGUGUGUGUGCAGAGCCAGCGGGAGGCGGAGCCUGUCCUGCGUGUCGUCAUCAACGCUUUACAGGUGGUCCACGUCAGAAUUCAGCUGAUUCUGGAACAGAACGGAAUGCUGGAGCUGCCCUGAAACCAUCCAGGUCACAUGACCCACAAACAACAGCAACGUGCAUGCGGACCAAACUACUGUAUUGACCCACAUGUUCCAUAUGAGUCUGUGGAGGACUAAUGCCUUAUUCAGUAGCCCCCUGCAGACUUGCUCUCAAUGAAUAAAGAUGACAUUGAAAAUGUUCCCAUUGAAAAUGAAUGUGCAAUUUAAACGGCGUCCUCUGCUGGUGAAAAAUAAUUCAAUAUUUUCCAUUACUGAAUCAUUCUGUUCAGUGUACAGCAAUGACAUGGCUUGGGUGGUUAGAGCAUGUGGUUCUCAAUCCAAAGGUUGCAGGUUCA